AUGGAAACCAAGUUCGGAAAGGUGUUGGGUAGAAGAAGCAAGGUUAUGCUCGGCUUAAAGAGAAAGCGUGCAUCCCGCUGUGCGGCUAAUUUUGCCAGAGCUUCGCAAACAGUGUUGGCUGACUGUCCUGCCUUGGAUUGUUCUACUCCUAUGCUGGGUAAACGAAGGAGAGUUAAUGAUCGCUUGGGCAAGCCUACAAGUUGCGGCUUUCCUUGCAAGAAAUCCAUUCUUCAGCGAUAUUCCAAUAUUUCGAGGACUGGAGUGCCGGCACGUCUCAUGUUUUAUCAGAAUGGAGAAUGGACCGACUUUGCAGAAGAUCUUGUCACCUUGGUAAGAAAGAAUCUUCAAAUAAAGAAGGCUGUACUUGAAGUUGAGGUGGAAGGGCGCCAUUAUAUGCUAGAUUUCUUGCAUAUGUUUCAACUUGACUUGAAGACAGGCUCUCAAAUACCAAUUGCUUGGAUCGAUGAAGCAGGUGCCUGCUUCUUUCCAGAAAUUUAUGCUGAUGAUGACGAAUUAAGUAGUGAGGAUUAUGGAAAAAAUCAGUAUGGGCCUCAUGAAAUUAAGCUGCAACUGGAAAUUGACAUAAACAGCGUGGACCAGCAGACUAAGUUGAAGGAGUGUAGCGGGGAGUCGGAUGCUCUUCUCAAGCAUAUCCAAGUUGUUCCCAAACCUGGCAGCGAUCAUUACAUUGUUGAAGUUGAAGAUAGCUGCAACCGGAAGUCUGUUGAAGCUUUCCAAGGAAACCAACAUAUUAAACCACUAUCUGUCCCUAAGCCUCAAUCUUUUGAUGUAAAAUUUGAUUCAGACUCUGUGCAGAAUUUUUUUAUCAGAGGCAUGAAAUGUCCUCAAGGUGCUGAGGUGCUUAAUGUUUUACCGUGUUCGAGCAAUUUGUUACAAGAUCGGUUAGAAAUUUUUGAGAAACAGAUGGAGCUGACCCAGAAGUGCCGUGGUGAUGCAAAUGUUCGAUAUGCUUGGCUUGCUUCUUCCAAAGCAGCAUUGCCUAUGCUUAUGACUUACGGACUGGGACAUUGUCGGCCUUCUGCCACAAAGUUCAGAUAUGCUGUUGGCAUUCAUCUAUCUGCUGCAGAUCAUUGUCACAUCAGUGCCAGUGAUUGUGAUGUUGACGAAAAUGGCACUCGACAUAUCGUAUUUUGUCGCGUGAUAAUGGGAAAUAUGGAGCCUCUUCAGCCAGGGACUCGGCAGUUCCAUCCCAGUAAUGAGGUCUUUGAUAAUGGAGUGGACGAUCUUCAAAAUCCAAGACAGUAUGUAGUUUGGAAUAUGAAUGUGAACACCCACAUUUUCCCGCAAUAUGUUGUUAGUUUCAAGGUCUCUUCCAGUGGUGAAGGUCUUGCGAAUGGGAGCGAGAGCAAGUAUGCUGCCUCUGGUAUCACCACUGCUACAAAUGCAGUUGAGGGGAAUUUCCUGAUGAGUUCUCAUCAUGUGGAUCUGAAUUUACCUGUACAGUCCCCCGUGGUGGAUCUUAAUUUGGCCCCUGCAUCUGAUCAGGUCAGUGAAAGUAGACCGCUUUCUGACUCUGGGGCAUCUAUUGGACAAGCAAAUAGUCUGGGUUCAAGCAAUGGAAGGAAUCAUAGUUCUCCUUGGAUGCCUUUCCCUAAGCUUUUUGCUGCUGUCUCUACUAAAAUUGCUAGGAGGGACAUGGAACUGGUUAUUAAUCAUUAUGAGGAAUUCCGGGCAAAAAGGACGAGCAGGGAAGACUUUGUUAGACAGUUGAGACUAAUUGUUGGGGACACUUUGCUGAAGACCACAAUAAUGAACCUGAACCGAAACCAGGUGGUAUCCAAGCCGGAAGUUCGAAGCAACUAG